GCGACCAUUUCCUCGGUAGCCAGGCGAGCCAGAUCCGAGGCCAGCCGCCCCUCGAAGCGCACGCGACCCCCGCCCCCCCCCCGGGGCCAGCUUCCCCGAGUCCAGCCCGCGCCUUCUUAGUACGGAAGAGCCUCUCGAGGGGGCGUCCAAAGCGACACUCCAUUCACAGCCUUUCCAGCCCGGCAGAGAAGCGGGAUUCGCGUCCACUUUCUAGAAUUGCGACUAACUCGGGGCGCAGGAGAUAAAACAAAGCAGGGCCCAUUAGGGCCCGGCGGUUUAUUGCGCACUUUGCAAACUUCCAGCGCGCUCGAAGCAGCCCCGCAUCGCCGGCCGAAAGCGCAACCUCCCUACGUCGCCCCUUUUCCUGGGCGGCGGAGGCUCCUCUCUGACAUCACGUCCUGCUCGGGCCUUGCGGAGGGCUUUUCUCGGGGAAGGAGGACAAAGGCGCCGUUUCGCUGCACGGGGGUGGCGGGGCGGGAGUUGCGUUUUUGCAGGGGGGGCCUUCGGCGGCGGCGGAGGAGCGGAACAAAGAGCCUCUCCCGCCUCUCCCCCCGCGCCAGCCGGUGCGCACAAAGGGCCGCGCGCGGGAGGGAUGCAGUGAGGCGGGCGCGGCGGGGCUGCUGGCUGGAGGGACCCCGGGCGCGAGCAGCAGGAAGCGGCGCCGGCCGGCGAGACAAAGGGCCGCGGGAGAGCCCACCCUGCAAGAGAGGGAACUAUGUUCCGGUUCAUGAGAGACGGGGAGCCUGAAGAGCCGAUGUUCGUGAUGGACCCUCUUGUCAUCCACCACCAGCACGUGAACCGUGUGCUCUCAGGGGGCUUUGGCUACGGCCCAUUCCUCAGUAUCGGUAACGGGACCAUCCCUGCAGCUCGCCAGGCCAGCCGCAGGAUGCAGGCAGGAGCUGUUUCACCUUUUGGGAUGCUGGGAAUGGCAGGUGGCUUUAUGGACAUGUUUGGUAUGAUGAACGACAUGAUUGGAAACAUGGAACACAUGACCAGUGGACCAAACUGCCAGACGUUUACCUCCUCAACUGUCAUAUCGUAUUCAAACCUGGGGGAAGGGCCUAAAGUUUAUCAGGAGACCUCAGAGACACGCUCUGCACCUGGCGGGAUCCGGGAGACGAGGCGGACGGUGCGAGACUCAGACAGUGGGCUGGAGCAGAUGUCGAUAGGGCACCACAUCCGUGAACGGGCACACAUCAUGCAGCGCUCGCGUAAUCAUCGCACAGGAGACCAGGAGGAGAGGCAAGACUACAUCAACCUGGAUGAAGGUGACGCAGCUGCGUUUGAUGAUGAAUGGAGGCGAGAGACUUCUCGUUUCCGGGCACAGAGAGGACUGGAUUACCGGCGUCAGGAGGGAAGCAACAGCCGCAGGGCCGAGGGGACCCGCCUCGCUAUUCAGGGACCAGAGGAGUCGCCAACUAGACAGUCCCGCCGGUACGACUGGUGAAUCCAGAGCAGACUUAAGGGGGGGUGCAAUGCGGUCACCCCCAAAUCUACCUUCUUGUUCUUGUAAGUCUUAACAGUUGCCCCUCACGCACACGCUGUGCCAGUGUAUGAGUCCCCGGCCCCAGUAUUAUCCUACGCUCUUCUGAGGAGCUGCCCGGGUGUGAAUUCAGGCCACUUUCCCAGUAUGUCAUGACUUUAUUUCAGCGUAUGUCUGUAGUCCUCCUUGCUUCCUAGGUCUCCUUGACACACACGCAAAGCCCAGAUACAGGAGGGAAACAGGGCAUACACACACACACACAUCCACGCUCCACAACUGCAAACUAAGCUUCGGAACUGGUGCUGCUUGUAUGGCAAGAGAACUUAAGUGAGUUUACGGCAAACCUGACAAAAUGUGAUUAAACAGAAUGCUGAGAGGGGUUUGGGAAGGGAGGUGAUUGGUUUUUUUUUCAUUUAUGAGAGGAACAUGUAUUGGUAAAUGGUGGAUGUGAAUGUUAUUUGUGUGUGUGGUUGGGGGGGGGAGUUCUGUUUGGAGGAAAGCUUCUAUAAAACAGCACUGAGAGAAAGAAAACCUGCAAUUAAUCUGUAUGUUCUGCAGCUCCUGGUAUAAUUCUUUGGUGGAAGUGAAGCCUGUUGGUGUCCCAUGUAGUCCUUGGGCAGGAAGCCAUUGGAGAUGUCCAUGCAGACCGCUCUUUGCUCCUUACAGGCAGUACAUUAUACAGAAGCUCGAGGCCCCUUGCACCUCUGGGUGCAGGCCCGAAGGGUUCUGUGCUCUUUUUAGGCGCGAUGGAGAGACUAUCCCAAGCUAGGUCCCUCUGCUUUCACUAAACAUCCAGUGCCCUCUUUUCAAAAACGAUCUUUUCUUUACUUCUCUUUAGCCUGACUUUUCUGUCGCUAAUAGUAUACUUACUACAGAAUUGCACCCAACUUGACACCACACUUAGAGGAUAGUCUCGUGAUAUCACUGCAGCUUAUACUUAAACGGGGUUGCGGCUUCAGUGGCUUGAGGCUGGGUGAAAGGGGUUGCCGCUGCUUCUCCGUUGUAUUCCUUGGAAUUAUAACAUCGUUAGGAUGUUGUGGCUUUGCUGUGAAGAAAAUCUCUUGGGUGUAGAACUGCAAUCCUGGGAAAGUUUGGGCAUUAUCCACAAGGCGGCCGGAAGACGGUGUGUUUGUAACAGUGAUUGAAAUGAGGUCUCUUCACUGCUCAGGAGUUUGAACUGGGAUUCAGUUUUUGCUGAUGGGUUUAAUAACUGAAUAAGUUUUUUAAAAAAGCAAAAAGCCUCCAGUGACAGAAGACACUCGGCAAUCUUGAAAGCUGGAUUUAACAGAGGCUCCUUCAAGACUUACCGAGGUGCUCACUUGUGUCUGGGCUGUACCACUUCAGACUGCAGGUGGAAACUUGCAUGGUGGAAUGGUAUAGAGAGGGGGGUGGAUGAAGGUAAGGAGAAUUCUAGCCGAAUCUUCUCCUUGUUGUGCGAGGACAGCAAAGCCACAACAUUCUUUUUUCUUGGAGACUCAUCCGGUCAUAGAAGUGGUAUAAGUCUCACCAAAAUUAACCACUUCCGUAAAAACUAGACCUCGGUCACCAGACCCCUGAACUGAAUUUUCCAUUUUCUUACUCCCUCUGUGUUUCCUUUCUGUCCCCCCCUCCCCCUCCCGAUUUCUCUUGUUUCUCUCCUUCUCCCCCUCCCCAUCUUUCUGCUCAGGUACAGACAGUGAAACUGAUGACGAAACCCCUACCAAACAUCACUUUGGACCUUCCACAAGUUGAAAGCUAGCUUCCUGCCCCACUCUUGAGAUUUAAAUUGACUCUCUUGCGGCACUGUCUUACUCCCUGCAUAGAGCAGCUGGCCAAGGGGAACGUCGGGGAUUUUGUCCAUGAGUGAGCGACGCGGUGAUUUGACUUGGUUCUCUUAACUCUUCCCUGCCUUUCAUUGACCUCCUAGAUCUGUUCCUCUCCCUUUAUAGUGUCUUGGGGAGAUGCAAGAAUGAUCCCCUUGAGUUUCUUGGCAUCCCCUCUGUAUCUCCUGCUUCCAAUUUUCGGCUGGUUCUGGAGUUUGUAUUUAAUUGACCUACCCUCUCCCCCAGCAGCAACCAUGUAAACAAAUCUUACCGACUUGCUAUUAGUUUCAAGCACUCGGAAAAUAACCUUUUAGUUGCCUCUGUUCUUGUCCCACCAGCCUGCCCCUGGAUGUGGGGCAUGUCUUGAAAGUUUGCAAGCAAGGGAUGGGGGUGCGAUGUGGACAAACCGAACAGGCCCUACCUCUCUCUGCCCCCAGUCCAGUCGGCUUCCCAUCUUAUAAAUCUGAUUUUUGCUAAACUUGUAACUAAAUGUUUACCAAGUUGAAUAAAGAAAUGGAACCUGUAAAGCAAAUGGAGUCUGCCUCAUCUUUUACAGUGCUCUCAGGGAGACGGAGGAAGAUGGUUUUAUGCGGAGCUGUUUUUCUUGGAACAGCUGGCCUGGAGGUCUGUUACUUUUCUCGUUGAACCAGUUAUUCCAACAAGCCGUUUGUAUUUAUUUUUUAAAAAUCUUCACUCUUUCUUCUGAACACCUGAGGCUGUUUGCAAGAUAGAAGCCUUAACAUGGGGGCAGGCAGCUCUUGGCAUGUGAGCCAACCGUGGUGCCCCAGGCUAUUCUGCUUGGCACCCAGGCAAAAAUCUCUACCCAGGCAGCCGAGGUGCUGGGAGCACUUCAGGGGCCAGCAGUGCUGGAGAAGACGACUGGCACAGCUUGGGCCUACCCUUGUUUCCCAGAGUCACGUGGCCUCCGGGUAGGUCCCUGCAGGGCUGCUGGGGCUUGGCCAGGUCCAGACGUGGCCAGCAAAGCAGAACCCUCCUCUCCAUCCCAUUUGGUUUGCUGCAGUCCAACAUCCUCAGAAGUACAUGUUCAUGGGGGCGGUGGGGGGUGGUCACUUGGUUCCAAAAAGUUGCCUGCCCCCUCCCAAGACGCAACACAGCGAUCGCAUCCUCGGGCGUUGCAGCCUGCCAGCAGUCUUCUGCAGGAGACCCUGCCCUCCCUGUUGAGGCAUUUGCAGGCAGAGGCAGGUAUCGGGGGAUGCACCUUGGACUCGUUCAAAUCAUUCCUCAUGGGACGGACUCAAAAGGGUUGCUGCUGGAGACCAGCUGUCCUCCGUGUGGGAAUUGCCUUGUGGGGUUCCACAG